CCCUUUCCCGGAGCGGCGCCGCGCAGUGACGCCAUCAGCGCGCGCCGCCCCCCGCGGCCUCAUCGCCGCCGCGACGCCGUUUCCAUGGCUACGGCGGGCCCCGAGAUGUACCGCAAGGAGAAGAGUCUCCCGCUGAAGAGCAGCAGCGCGGCUCUGUACAACAACCUGAGCGUUCUGAGCGCUCCCGGGCGGGGCUUGGCCUGCUUCAGCACUGUCCAUGGCCCCAGCUUGAACCUGGUCAGUGUGGCCGAGGAUGGGUCGGGGUUCUCCCAGCGGCAGCUGCAGGCCAAGGAAGGGGGGAUGGCGGUCAGCAGCCCCCUCCUCACCCAGGCUGCCUGGUGUGUGCUGCCCUCCCGGGUCCUGCUGGUGCUGACCUCCCAGAGAGGGAUCCAGAUGUACGAGGCUGAUGGCUCCACCAUGGUUUAUUGGCACGCGCUGGACGUCACGGAGCACCCUCCAGCACACUCCGUGUUUGCCCGAGGGAUCGCGGCAGCCGGCGAGCGCUUCAUCUGCGUGGGGACAUCCUCCGGGUUGGUGCUGGUGUUUGACAUCCCCCCCAAAGGGACCAACGUGACGGUGAGCGAGGUGCUGGACCAGCACCGCGACGCCAUCACCGACAUCGCGGCGGAGCUGGGCCGGGCACCGGAGGGGGCUGGUGACCUGGUGACAGCUGAUGACGCCGGCAGCCUCUGUGUCUGGAGCAGUGGGGAGGAAUUUGCCCUGCUCUGCAAAAUCCCAGCCCUGGGCUGCUCCUGCUCCUCAGUGAGGCUGUGGCAGGGGGUGGUGGCUGCUGGCUAUGGGGAUGGGCAGAUCCGGCUCUUCGAGGCGGCCACCGGUGUCCUGCACGUGGCCAUCAGCGCCCACGCCCGAUGGAUCUAUGCCCUGGACCUGGCACCACAAACAGGGAAGCUGCUCUCUGGUGCCGAGGAUUCCUUUGUCCACGUCUGGAAACUCAGCAGGAACCCAGACAAGGACGACAUCGAGAUCCAGCACUGCCACUCCGAGUGUGUCACCGACACCCAGGUGUGUGGGGCCCGUUUCUGUGACCCCCAAGGGAAUUCCUUUGCUGUCACUGGCUACGACCUGAGCGAGAUCUUCCGCUACAGCCGAGCGCCGUGAGGAGGGGUGGAGGGAGGGGGGGUUGGGACACAGACACCCCCCAAAUUCUGCUCACUGGGGGUGCAGGGUGGGGGCAUGUGUCCCCUGGCCAGAUGUGCAGGGACACAGAUGUGCUGGGAACAGCUGCCAGCAUCUGCCCACCCCCUCCCCAACUCCGUGCAGCCCCCAGGGACCUGCUCAGCCUCCAGCUUCGCUCCCAGGGCCUUGGGGGUCACAGGGUGUGUGUGGGGGGCAGCCCCAGUGCUGUGGGGUGAGCUCAGCCUGGGCUGGGAUUUUGGGGGGGGGUGUUUCACAGUUGCAGCCUGUUGUUCCCACCUGCAGCCCCCCCGUGCUGCCCAGCCCUACACUAUGGGGCACUGACCCCAUUGUGUCCCUCCCACCCAAACAAACCCCACCUAAGGUUGGGGGUCCACCCCCAUCACUUUACUCCCUCCCUCCCCCAUGUACUGUCCCCCCCCCCAACUGUGGGUCAGGACCCCCAACCCCCCUCUUGCCUAUCCUCCCCCCAUGUGCUCUGUACUCCCCACUCAUGAUAAAUGCACCUGAAUGUGCCCCCCCCCACACGUCACUCCUUCCUGGUGGGGGCAGAACUGGGGGGUGGGUGAUGAGGGGGCCCACGGCAGAGUCCAGCCCGUUACAAAAGGUUUUAUUAAAGGUUAAAACAGC